AUGUGGGACAACCCCCACAGCGACCGACUGUUCCAGUUCGGGAACGUGGGCUACCGGCAGGACCAUCCCGGCCGGCUUGCCCACCCCCCCGCGGCUAUACAGAAGACCAAGCCCGCCAAUAAGGCAGAUGUCCUUCCAGCCAGAGGACAACCAGGAGGCCUUGGCGACCCCAACAGGAAAGGCCUGUCGGGGUCCAAGGUCAAAUGGUACCUCAGUUAUCUUCAGCAGGGCAUGACACCUGAUGAAGCUUUGAAGAAGGCGAAGGAGCCACGACCAGUGGUACAAAACGUUGCCCCUGCCAGCAAACGGGCAAAUAGUACCCUCACCCCUCCGAUGGACACCCCGAAAAGGUCCAAGUCAGAGGGCAUCAAAGAGGCAGCGGCACCUCCCCCCCGUCCCCCAAGGCCUGAUGAGCCUAGCACAUCGAAGGCGGCGGCGACGAGGAGACCCCCUCCUGAGGUAUCUGCUGGCACACCCUGCGUGCCGAAGGCGGGUGACAAGGGUGAGAAGCAGCCACCCUCCACUUGUGCGGCACCUCUCACUGGCACACACACCUCCUACGCGAAGGCCGCCAAGAGAGUCAGAGUUGCGGUACUACCUGAAGACUACCCGCAGGUGUACCUGAGCAACGAAGAGCUUGCCGAGCUGGAGGAGGCCAUAAUGGACGACGUAGUCACGUCUGAAUGGGACUCAGCAGUCGCCUUCAGAGGUAUCCACUUUAGGGUCGGAUACCUCCUGAUAGACUGCUUGGACCAGGACUCGGCGGACUGGCUGAGGGCUGUAACGCCUCAGCUAAGGACGUGGAAGGGCGUGCCCCUUGACACUAGGGUAGGAGAAGACAUUCCUGCGGCAUACAAUGUCACAGUCUUCUGCCCUAGAAGUGCAGAAAGAAGCAAUGAGGAGCUUCUGAUGAUGCUGGGACGCCAGAACAGAAUGGAGGUCGAUUCCUGGAAGGUGAUCUCCCGAAAGAACGACGGAGGCGGGGCACUCGUCGUUAUAGGGAUAGACCAACUCACCCGAGACGAGAUCGUCUCUAAAGGGCACCAGCUGAACUUUAGAUUCGGGACCGUCUCGGCUAUCGCCGAUAUGGACGUGGAGAGUAAGGAUGAACAUCCCUCGCCCUGCCAGGAGGUGGCAUAA